AUGGUCAAAUCAGUUCAAGAGGACGAUUUCGUCCUAACCAUCUCGGACAAUGAAGACCUACCACUUAGUGAGCCCGGCUCGAGCGAUUCGGAGGUUCUCCAACCCGCCAACGGCACAAAACGAAAACGAGCAAAACUCUCAAGGGGAACCAUUUCCAAGAACAAGAGACAGGAAAAAUCGCAGAAAGGAAAUAACAACCGAAUACAUGAAGCAGCCCAAGCUGAAUCGGAGAGCGAAGCAGACGAAGGUGUUCAAGAUGGUGCGAUCGACCCAGAUUUCGAAUUUGACAUUGGAGGAGACGUAGUCUUGGAAGAUCUACAAGAAUUCGAUGGCUGGGGCCGAGGAUACACAACAAAGAAAACCAGCGAAUCGAACAGAAAGGGCGUGGAAAUUGACGAAAUCAUUGCCCGUCGAGCAACAAAGUCACAAAAGGCCACACUGAAUACCUCUGAGAGGCAAAAUCAGGAAGAAGAUUUCGACACAGAUCAUAAAGAUGGUGCUCCUGACGACGAAGAAGACGCAGAGAUGCUGGAUUUCGAAGACGACGAACUCUUGGCACCAGAUACCUUUGGCGCAGGCGCCGAAUCGGAGAAUGAGGACUCUGGAUUAGUCAACGAGGAAGAGGUGGAUGAUGACGAGGACAAGGAUGAAGAUGCGUCUGGAAGUGACUCUAUUGCAUCCCCAACCGCUCAUCCAGACGACUUGGCUUCUGAAAAGUCCGACGCCGAGUCACAACCCUCGAGCUCGGAUCCGGAAGAGCAGGUGAAGAGAGCCGCAUUUUUUGCUCCAGAAGACAAACUGAAGAAGAAAGACGUAAAAUUCGCAUCCUCAUUCCAGCAAUUCUCUCUGUCGCGACCCGUAUUGCGUGGCCUGGCCGCACUAUCUUUCACCACCCCUACGCCUAUCCAAGUCCGAGCUAUUCCCGUUGCUUUGCAAGGCUUAGAUGUGGUUGGAUCCGCGGUGACAGGUUCAGGCAAGACUGCAGCGUUCCUCCUCCCAAUCCUCGAGCGUCUAGUCUAUCGACCAAGAAAAAUACCAACAACUCGUGUGGCUAUUCUAAUGCCGACUCGUGAAUUGGCUGUUCAGUGUUACAAUGUCGCCACUGCUCUCGCCCGGUUCACAGAUAUAACCUUUGCUCAAGUCGUUGGUGGGUUUUCGCUACGAGAGCAAGAGACUAUUCUCAAGAAGCGCCCAGACGUGGUCAUUGCGACGCCUGGUAGGUUUAUUGACCACAUGCGCAAUUCGGCAAGUUUUGCGGUGGAAAAUAUUGAGAUUCUGGUGCUUGACGAAGCAGAUCGGAUGUUGGAAACCGGAUUCGAAGACGAACUGAAUGAGAUUCUGAAGACAAUCCCCAAAGGUCGACAAACCAUGCUCUUCUCUGCCACCAUGACCGACAGUGUUGACAAGCUGGUACGUGUUGGAAUGAACCGUCCUGUGCGCCUAUCCGUCGACGCAAAGAAGCGUACGACCGCCGGGCUGGUCCAAGAAUUCGUCCGGCUCCGACCAGGCCGAGAAUCCAUGCGACUGGCGACCCUCUGCGUCCUUUGCAGAAAUACAUUUACGGAGAGAACAAUCAUUUUCUUUCGGCAGAAGAAAGAAGCACACCGCGUGCGCAUUGUGUUCGGCCUGCUAGGUCUCCAAGCCGGCGAACUCCACGGCAGUAUGACGCAAGAACAGCGCAUCAGCGCAGUAAACGCAUUCCGCGAGGGUAAAACAACUCAUCUCCUCGCUACGGACCUGGCAAGUCGAGGUCUCGAUAUCAAAAAUGUCAUGACAGUCAUCAACUACGAAGCACCACAGACGCACGAAAUCUACCUACAUCGUGUCGGCCGAACGGCUCGUGCCGGCCGGUCUGGUCGAGCGUGCACAAUUGCCGCCGAACCAGACCGCAAGAUCGUAAAGGCAGUUGUGAAAAGCGCCCGUCAGCAGAGUGCCAAAGUGGCGUCACGUGUGAUGGACGUCAGGGAUGUCGACGCCAUGCACGCGCAAGUCGAGGCUCUGGCGACCGACAUCGACGAAAUUCUGCAAGAGGAGAAGGAAGAGAAACAACUCGCGCAGACAGAAGCGCAGCUCACACGCGGCGAGAAUCUUGUCAAGCACGAAACGGAGAUCAUGUCGAGGCCGAAGCGAACGUGGUUCGAGACCGAGAAGGAAAAGCGCGAUGCUAAAGCACGAGGCCGUCUGGAACUGAACGGUCCCAAUGGCAUCGUCAAGGUGAAGACGGAGAAGAAGAAAUUGAGCAAUAAAAUUAAGAAGCGAUUGGAUGAUCGCAGAGAGAGGGCAGAGGCGAAAAUGUGGCGGAAGGGCAAGAGCAGUGCGGGUGCUGUGAAGAGGGAAAGAAAGCAGCAGAAGAGCAAGCAGAAACAGAAACCAAAAGAAAAGAAGAGAUAG